AUGCCUUCUCCUGAGGAAGCCAAUACAUCCGCUGCACGGUCGCCCGAGCCCGUUCCGACGUUCAAAUCACUUGGGCUUAUUGACCCCCUGCUGGAAGCUCUCCAGCAGCUCAACAUCACAAUUCCCACCGAAAUCCAAGCCGAAUCUUUGCCCCAUGCUCUCCAAGGACGAGAUAUCAUCGGCGUUGCGUCGACAGGAUCAGGCAAGACUGCGGCCUUUGCCUUGCCCAUCCUUCAGAAGCUCUGGGAGGAGCCCAAGGGGCUCUUCGCAUGUGUCAUGGCGCCGACGAGGGAGCUUGCAUAUCAGAUCUCUCAGCAGUUUGAGAGUCUCGGUUCUGCGAUCGGGGUGCGGUGUGCGACGAUUGUGGGCGGAAUGGACAGGAUGUCGCAGGCUGUCGCACUCGCGAAGAGGCCGCACAUCAUCGUAGCCACCCCAGGUCGGCUCGACGACCACUUAGAGAACACGAAGGGGUUCAGUCUUCGGGGUCUCAAGUUUUUGGUUUUGGAUGAGGCCGACCGACUAUUAGACAUGGACUUUGGGCCUGUUAUCGAUAAAAUUCUGAAAGUCAUCCCCAAGGAGCGCACAACGUACCUCUUUUCCGCCACAAUGACCACGAAAGUCGCCAAAUUGCAACGAGCAAGUUUGUCCAACCCGGUUCGGGUGGAGGUAUCGGAAAAGUAUUCCACCGUAUCAACGCUAUUGCAAUACUAUCUUUUCAUUCCCUUGGUCCAAAAAGACGUACAUCUCAUCUAUCUGGCGAAUACCCUGGCACAAAAUUCUAUCAUAAUCUUUACGAGAACAGUACAUGACGCGCAACGGCUGUCUAUUAUUCUGCGCACUUUAGGGUUUCCUGCGGUACCGCUGCAUGGUCAACUCAGUCAGAGUGCACGUCUCGGUGCGCUGGGAAAGUUCAAGAGUGGUGGUCGAAAGGUGCUUGUUGCCACGGACGUCGCCAGUCGUGGACUGGACAUCCCAUCUGUGGACGCGGUUAUCAACUACGACAUCCCGACACACUCCAAGGACUACAUCCAUCGCGUCGGACGUACAGCUCGUGCUGGGCGGUCGGGAAAGUCAAUCACGCUCGUCACACAGUACGACGUGGAGCUGAUACAGCGCAUCGAGGCUGCGACGGGUAAGAAGAUGGAUCUUUGGCCGACCGAUAAUGAAGAGAUCGCGUUGCUGAGAGAGCGAGUGGACGAGGCGGGGAGGAUUGCCAUUCACGAAAUGAAGGAGCAGGCGGCCAAUGGGUUACAUGGCCGUAAACGGAGGAGGGUAGAGGGUGGCGGAAAAGAUGAUAGAGACAGGGACGAUGAUGUCGUUGAAGCUGGUAUACCCUUGAAGAAGAGGAAGUCAAAGGGUGGGAGGUAA